CGUCUGUCCUGUCAUGGCGCUGCAGAUGCAUCUUCUUAAAGCAAAUCUGAGCGCAGCAGGGACAUUUCUACAAAUCUCACAUUCGAAUUGCCGUUUGUGAUCGAUCCUUCUGUCGCGAAUACAACAUGCCUCCAAAGAGAAGAGGGCCCCUUCAGAUUGUCCAAAGAGAAACGGAUGACAUCAAGCGACAGGUGGAUGCUUUGGUGCAGCAAGCCGCUAAAGCAGAUGUGUCAGAAAACAAAGAGGCCUUGCAGAGGUGCAGAGAAUUACAGCGCUUAGUGGACGACAUUAUGAAGAGGCUGAAGAAGUUAUCUAAAGCAGAUGAACCAGCUCCAGUUGGAAACUAUGACCAGUGUAAGAGGGAAGAGGAGAAGCGGUUAUUGACUUUACAUGAUCAUCUACAGUCUCUAGCUCUUCAGCUGCUGCCUCAUGAUGAGACGGCUGGACCUAGUUCUUCACAUACAGAACAGGACAGCGAGGAAGAGGAUAGUGAUGAAGAAGAUGAGAGCUCUGAAGAGGAAGAUGCUAAAGGAGACGUACACGAGGAAGAUGAUGAUGCUGACAGUGCUGAUGAAGAUACAGAUAUGGCUGCUGCUGCAGAACAGGGAUCUGCCUCCUAUAUCACUCUCAGUUCGUUUACAGCGGAGGAGGAAGGGGAUCUCAGCAUUCAGAAAGGAGAGAUUCUAAAAGUUUUGUCAAAAAAUAAAGAUGGAUGGUGGCUAGCGCAAAACUCGAAUGGACAGAAAGGCCUGGUGCCUAAAACUUUUCUAAAGAUGUCAUCCUCUCCACAGGACAGUGAGAGAGAGAAUGAAGAUGAAGAGGACAGCGAGGAAGAACAGGAAUCCAGCAAAACAUCCAAUUGGAACACAGUACGGAAGGCUGUAACUGAGAUUGAUGCUACAGAUGUGCUGUCGGCGAUGGGUGCUAUUCCUCCAGGCUUCAGACCUUCAACAUUAUCCAGACUUCUGGAGGAAGGGUCAUCUUACAGAGCAAGUCACUUUAUUCAACCCAAGCUUAGCCAGUCUCAACUGUCAUUUAAAGAUCUCCAUAUGGAUCCAGACACAGGAAAGGUUCACGGUCGGCCAUCUAGAGUCAGUUUAACCCUGACCCUGUGGAGCUGUAGAAUGAUCCCAUCACCCGGGGUCGGGUUACAGGUGCUUAGCAGACACGUUCGGCUCUGUGCAUUUAACGGAACUCAGGUUUUGAGUAACAUCCACACAGUCAGAGCCACUUACAACUCCAAGAACCCAAAGACUUGGAGCUUUUCUCCACGGAUGACUGGGAUGCUGCCCUGUUUACUGGAUGGAGAUUGUUUUCUGCGUUGCGACUCUGAAUCUUCCGAUCUUGGAAUUCUGUUUGAAUUGGGUGUAACCUACAUAAGAAACUCUACUGGGGAGAGAGGAGACCUCAGCUGUGGCUGGACUUUCCUUAAACUGUUUGAUGAAAGCGGAGCCCCCAUUGCUCUACGGACACAAGAGCUCACCAUUCAUGGUGGCACGCCAUUCGAGAAAGACUUAGAUAUGGAUACCAUGUCUACAAAAAAAGGGUAUCAGACUGGUGUGUUUCACCAGAUGUUGCUCUCCAGGAAGAUGCCAAAACUUGUUGUGAAGCUCAAAUCGCUAAACUCAAGCAGCAGAUCGCGUCUGAAUCUGCUGCCUGACACUAUCGUAGGAAGUCUGUCCACAUUACAUCUCUUGGCGACAUACAGGCAAAUUCUCGCUGAUGCUCUUUUACUUGACAGAGUGACCAUGUGUAAUGCAGAUCUGAUCUGCAGCUCAGUUUUAGCCUCCUUUCCUAAUGUUCUAGAUCAGCCAGAUCUGAUGGAUGCAUUUAGGAAAUCCUGGAGCGAAUCAGAGAGUAACCUGAAAAGAUCUGAAAAGAGGGAUAUAAACAUACUAAAGCAGAUGUUUGUGAGUGUCUACAUGGGCAGCGUGUUUCCAUUGCUGUUUUCUGCAGAAAUGCCCACUCCCUGCUGGGCUGAUGAGGAAACGGAGUCUCAGCGCGCCCGUAUCAUCUACAACCCUUCCCAAAAAACCUCAAUAGAAACUCUGCUGUCCUCCCAAAACUCACAUCAAGCCUUUGACAUCACACAGGUCACCUAUGACCUCAUCAGCAGUGCCCGCCAUUGAGUCCAGAGACUUAUCACAAGCUCCUCCAAAAGAUAAGUGUCCAACUUCAAAGGAAACUGUAUUUAAAUGUUAAUAAUAAAUCUCUCACACCCUA